AUGCUAUCAAUGGCCGAUAUCAAAGCAAGAUAUCCAUUCUUCUACACCGAUGAUAUUGAUAGUGGGAGUCUUAAUCUUGUUGAUGAGGGUGCUUUUAACGCUUUCGGCAUGGUACAAUGGCUACGCAGCACAGCUCGCGACAACGGUGUCGAAUACAUCGGGAAUGAAGUCAUCGACAUAAGUCUGGAUGGAAGUAAGGUGCGGAGUAUCAAAUUACAAAGCGGGGAACAGAUCACAGUUGGCACUCUAGUCAAUGCCGCAGGUACUCGUGCCGCCACGGUCUCUCGGCUGGCGGGCAUUGACCUGCCGAUCGAGGCCAGACGGCGGUACACCUACAUCUUCUCGAUUGAUGAGCCACUGCUCCAGGACUUGCCUCUGACAAUCGAUCCAACAGGUGUCCAUCUCCGCUCGUAUGGUACAAAGGACUACCUGGUCGGCUGUCCACCUAUCGGGCCAGACACUGCAGUAGAUGUGAAUGAUUUCAGAUUCACGGAGGAUGCGUGGGAGGAAAAGAUUCUGCCGGUGAUCACUCGCCAGGUUCCACAAUUCGCCAGUGCACGGGUGACGAACUCCUGGAUAGGCCAUUAUGAGUUCAACACAUUUGACCAUAAUGCCAUUGUUGGUCCGCACAGCGAGGUCAGCAACCUCCUUUUCUGUGUGGGCUUUUCUGGCCACGGCAGCCAACAGGCACCGGCCUGCGGGCGCGGUGUUGCUGAGUUGAUCAUCUAUGGAAGGUUCCAGACGCUUGACCUCAGUGUGCUUUCCUACAAGAGGAUCGUGCAGAAUCGUUCUCUAACUGAGCGAGCGGUUAUCUAA